AUGUCCACCACCACAACCGCCCCGGCCAUCACAGCCGAAAACAUCCUCCGCCUCUUCCCCGACAUCAACACCUCGCUCGCCACCGCCGCCCGCAACUCCUCCGAGCUCGACGGCUACGACGAGGAGCAGGUCCGCCUCAUGGACGAGGUGUGCAUCGUCCUCGACGAGAACGACGUGCCCAUCGGCAGCGCCACGAAGAAAGUUUGCCACUUGAUGAAAAACAUUGAGCAAGGCCUCCUCCACCGCGCCUUCAGCGUCUUCCUGUUCGACAACGAGAACCGCCUCCUCCUGCAGCAGCGCGCCGACGAGAAGAUCACCUUCCCUGGCAUGUGGACCAACACCUGCUGCUCGCACCCGCUCGGCAUCCCCGGCGAGACCGGCGCCGACCUCGCCGCCGCAACAAUGGGCGUGCGGCGCGCAGCGCAGCGCAAGCUCGGCCACGAGCUCGGCAUCCCCGGCGCGCAGGUGCUGCCGGAGCAGUUUAGGUUCCUGACGAGGAUCCACUACAUGGCGCCGAGUGAUGGGCUGUGGGGGGAGCAUGAGAUCGACUACAUCCUCUUCAUCAAGGCUCAGGUCUCGCUCGACAUCAACCCGAACGAGGUGCAGGCGUACAAGUACGUGACGGCCGACGAGCUCAAGGAGAUGUUUAAGGACGAGAAGCUGAGCUUCACGCCGUGGUUCAAGCUCAUCUGCAACACGAUGCUGUUUGAGUGGUGGGAGAACAUGGGCAGCUUGGAGAGGUAUGAGAACGAGACGCAGAUCAGGAGGAUGUGA